UGCCUUCCGCUUCCGCCCGCACUUGAUUGGUUCCCCCCACACAGUGCUGCCAGCCCACUUCACGUGAUCGUUAUCAAAGCUUCAAAUGCUCAAACGCGUCGAGCGCGUUGCCAGUUUUGCUUUGCUUACUUUCGACCGAACCCCCAUUUACCCUUCCCCUGUUCCCGCUCACAUCUCACGCAUACACUUCGUGUCUACACGCAAGUUGCGACAAGCCAACUGUUCAAUUGCGCUUUCCCGUCACCCAUCCAUACCUCUCGCACACCAUGUCCGACUCCGAGUCCGCAUACGCACCUUCGGAAGCCGACAUUUCCCGCGCGUUAAUCGAUGCCGUGGUCUCUAUAUACAAGUCAGGCAACGAAGCCGACCUCACCAUCAAACGUGUCAGAGCUCGAGUCGAAACAGAAUUUGGUUUACCCAGCGGCUUGCUCAAGAAACCUGGGUGGGGCGACAAAACCAGGACAGUCAUUACUGAAGCCGUGGAAAAGUAUUGUCAGGAGGACGCCGAAGAACUUCCAACACCCCCGCCGAAGGAGACAAAGAAAGCCCCGAAAGAGAAGACACAGGGCGUAAAGAGAAAGGCGGCCGCAACCCCAAAGAAGGCUCUUAAGCGCAGAAAGCCCUUCUCGUCAGAUGAAGAAUCAGAACUCAGUGAGGAAGAACCGCCCAAGAAACCUGCCUGGCGACAGAAGAAAGUAGUGGAAGACGAGGAGUCGGAUGGCGAAGAAGAAACUCGACCUGUGAAAGCUAUCGCGCAAGAGGAGGAUGGAGAAGAUGAUGGAGAUGUGGCAAUGCAGACACCGCCACCUGCAAAGGCCCAGGACGAAGGAUCCGACAGCGAGAUGUCUGUUCUGAUAGACGAAUCGCCGGUUAAGAAGCGGCAGAAAUCGUCACAGAAGCCCGCAAAGGAGAAGAAGAAAGUCAGUGCACCCAAAACCACAAAAGCAAAGCCUGCCUCAAAAGUGGACGACGAUCCCAAUCAAGCGGAGAUCAAACGCCUGCAAGGAUGGCUAGUGAAAUGCGGCAUUCGGAAAGUUUGGGGCAAGGAACUGGCAAAAUGUGACACGCCUAAAGACAAGAUCAGGCACCUCAAAGGAUUGCUAUCAGACGCGGGUAUGGAAGGCAAAUUUUCUGUGGAGAAGGCUGCCAAGAUCAAAGAGCAACGUGAGUUUGCAAAGGAUCUAGAGGAGAUUCAAGCCGGAGAAGCGGCGUGGGGCAAGCAGGAGGUCACACAAACAGGCAGACCCCGUCGUGCCGCAAACAGGCCUCCCCCCAAAGUGGAGUUCCCCAAAUUUAGUGAUGAUGAAGAGGAGGAGGAGGGUACUGGGAACGUGAAGGCAGGCCGCGCACAAGAUGAUAGGACUGAUGAUGACGACGACGACGACGACGACGGGGAUGCAGAAGAUUCUGAAGCGUCCGCUAGCGGAGCAGACGACGAUGAUUCCGAGUAA